AAAAUUCUUAUCAUUCCUUCCUCUGUUGUCUGUUGUUCAGGGCACUUAUUACUCGCGGCGGGCGAUGUCGGCCGUGUCGUGCGUAUGAAAACUUUAAAUUUCGUGUAUUUUCGUGCGAGAAACCUGGUGAAAAUAGUGCAAAAAGUGGCUUUAGCCCGUGGGUGACCUUGUGCGUGUUGACUGAAGGCGGAACUUGGACGGGAAGUAGCUGAAAAUUCGAUUGAAGGAAUCGUGUGCUUGUUUUUUUUUUAGCUUACGUUCGCAUUCUCGCCUUCCUCGCGUUUUGAAGGUGACUGUACGAAGACGGUGGCGAAUGAGCGACUAAAGAGGAGAAGAAAAAAAUAAACUUGAUUGUGAGGGAGGCUGGAGAAGACGGAUCUCUUGGUUUGUUUACCUUUCGAGGGCCUUUUCUUUGUUGAUGGAGUAGAGUAGUUCCUUUCUGGAAGAAAACGGAACACAGUGCAGUGCGUUAGCGAUCAAUUGAUCGCCUCGGAAAGGGCAAGGUAAACGCCGUGGCAAAAAGACCUUUGUGUGUUGUGACAAUUCCGGCAGGCAGCAAGGGCGUCGUCACCAUGAUGGAGGAAGCAGAUGAUGGCGACAGCUUCGCGAUCCUUGGGGGAGAUAAGGUUACCCCACGGCACUCACCGGGCAGCUUUUCCCCCCAUCCACCGGAUGUUCUGUCGGAGAUUGCGGCUGCGACGCAGCUGUUUUCGCUGGAUCUCAACGGAGACGACAGCGGCGAGCUUGGCAGCUUGACGUUCCAUGCCUCCGGCUUUGGCAAUGGUUCGAAAGUAGACGGCAAGGCCAACAGCUUUCUGCUCAUGGAUGAGAAGGAAAAUAUACAGCUGAAGUCGGCUGAACAUUUCUGCAAGAAGCUGGGAGCACCGGCGGAGGCAAAGAUCAAGGUGGUUUCCAUUUUCGGCAAUACUGGGGACGGCAAAAGCCACACCAUGAACCAUGCAUUUUUCGGUGGAACGGAAGUGUUCAAAACUUCAGCGGAGCAAGUUUCGUGCACGAUGGGUAUUUGGGCGUCGUUCCAUCGGCCUUACAACGUCCUGUGCUUGGAUACCGAAGGGUUGCUAGGGGAAACGAUAAACGAAAACCGGCAGAUGAGAAUGUUGCUGAAAGUGCUUGCCGUAUCGGAUAUCGUGAUUUAUAGGACCAGGUCGGAGCGUUUGCGGACGGACAUGUACAAGUUUUUGGGGACGGCUUCGAAGGCAUUUUCCAAGUAUUUUUCGGGGGCGUUGCAAUCUCUGGGCUUAUCACUUACGCCACAAUCCCUUGGUCCGGCAGUAAUCAUUUUCCACGAAACGCAGAAUACGGAAGUUCUGAAGGAAAACGUCGAAGGGAAAACCGAGGAGGAUAUUUUGAGAGAAAGUUUUGCCAAACAGAAGUUGGAACUGCAGGCGUUCAGCUCGCUGCGCUACGUUGGAAUACAGACUACUCAACCACCGACGAACUACGAACCGCUGAAAAUGGCACUGGAGAAAGAGUUGAGAAACACCACCGUUAGGUCUCCCCGGCAGCCCAAGGUGGUCUUUGAGGCCCUGCAGGCCUUGAAUCGGAAAUUUAAUGGAGAGCUAUCGUCCCUUCCGAACAACACUUUCCCAGAGCAGUAUUUUACCUGUACCACGUUCUGUAAAUCCUGCGACGUGCGGUGUCAGCUUUCGAUGGGUCAUCUGGAAACGAAGGAGGAUCACAGGUGUGCCGGACCUUGCAAGUAUCAGCAUCAGUACGAGAACAAGGUCUACCUGUGCAACAAGUGCCAUGUGAACGGACGGCAGGUGGUCGUCAACAUCAAAACACAGACCAGCAACGAUUCGUCCUGGCUGGGGCUGGCCAAGUACGCCUGGAGUGGAUCGGUAAUCGAAUGUCCUCACUGCGGCGAAAUCUACCGUUCCCGGCAGCACUGGUACGGCAACAAAUCUCCGGAACAGGCGGCUGUGAGGACCGAAAUCGUGCAUGUAUGGAACGACGGUGGUCUGGCGGUCUGCGGUCCCACCCAUUCGGCUCAGCUGGUGCUGGACGGGGUUGCGUACCUUACCGAUGCUUUCGCCAGCGUUGGAGCCCAACCGACAAAGACGCUCAAAUCCUGGGUAACGGACAAGAUACGACCGGCCUAUUGGCGACCGGAUAGUGAGAUUAUCCACUGUAAGGGUUGCACCGUCAAUUUCGAACGACUGGACCUCAAAAAGCAUCACUGCCGUAGCUGCGGAGAGGGAUUCUGCAGUAGCUGUUCGAAGCACCGGAUGCCCGUGAUGAGCCGAGGCUGGGACAAUCCGGUUCGGGUGUGCAAUGGCUGCCGCGAAGAACUACUGAGGGCACAGAGGAUCAAUGGUGAUACGAACGGCAUUCAAGCCGUUGAAAGUGAAACUGAACAAGAUCUGACGUCUUCUACAGGCAACAAUAACCCCGGCGAUGGGGACGUUCUGGCCCGAAAGUACGGCGAAGUUGUCAUCAACACGUUGAGCAACCUGGGUGCGGUGCUAGAGUAUCCAAAAGACCUCAUCAAAGACUCUGCCAGGCCCUCGUACUGGGUCCCGGACGCCGAAGCUCCACGGUGCCACAUUUGUGAGUUGGUUUUCGGUACUCCGGAGGAAAUCAACUCUACGACACCCUUGGUUCGGGCCGGCUCCACAGUCAAUGGGAAGCUCGUCCUCCGUCACCGCUCGUCGUCGGGAUCGGAUGGCGGGGACAGCGGUGCUGCCAAUUUGACCGUUGCAACGGUAUCGCCCUCGCAUUCACAUAACAAUUCCUAUCUGGUUAUCGAUCGGCGGCGGCACCACUGCCGAGCGUGUGGCAAUGCCGUCUGUGCGGCCUGCUCCGAACAUCGGCGGCCCGUGCCGAUACGGGGCUGGCUCAGCGACGUUCGCGUGUGCAACGGAUGCUUUUCCAGUGCAGAUUGAAUGGGUGGCGUUUGCGGUUUUUCGUUUGUGUCGUUUCUGGAGGAUUGCGAUUCGGAAUGAGAGAAGGAACUCGAUUGUGAUAGUUGAUUAUGACGUUCUUAUUAUUGCUUGUUCUUUAUUUUUGUAUAACGUAAAAUGCUCGUAGCUAGCACAAAUUCUAGAGGAAAAGAUCAUGCGAUUUGGUGAAACUUUGAGAGACUGGACGUUUUUGGUUCUUCCUUACUAAUUCUAAUAUGAGUGUUGAUUGGCUUACAGCACGACAACAAUUAUUAUUUGAAGCAUGGAAAUCUAAAUGAACGCAAAUCUUUGAUAUUAUGGUGAGAAAAACAUGAAUAUAGGCAUUGUAAGACGCAAAAGAAGGAUAUGUAUCUUUCCAAUUAGAGCAUGCAGUAAAGAAACAAAAGUAUCGUUGAAUAUA